AUGGGCUUAAUGGAUUCUCAGGUUUUAGUCGCCCUUGGUCUUUCGCUUGUGGGUGGUUUGAGUACCUCAAUCGGAGCACUUUUCGUUGUUCUUAAUCAGGCUCCGAAUCUUAAGAUGCUUGGGCUUUUACAGGGUUUUGCUGCUGGCCUUAUGUUGAGCAUAUCUUUCAUGGACUUGGCUCAUAAUGCAAUAAAUUCUAUUGGCUUCUUAAAAGGAAAUCUCUGGUUCUUUGCAGGUGUGAUUUUCUUUGGCAUUGUCGCUAAUUUCAUCCCUGAACCAACCCUUGCACCCAUUUCAGAUUCAAAGAGAAACAAGAAACAUGGGGAUGAAGGUGGUAAGGACAUCAUGAAAAAACAUCGUCGCCAAGUCUUGUUUAGUGGAAUCAUCACUGCUGUAGGUUAG